AUGUUCAAGGCUCGCUUAUUGUCUCUCCAUUCAAAGAUCGAGUAUGAGUUUUGGGAGGUGAUCUCGGAUGAACACGGCCUUGACCCGGAGGGCCGGUACGUGGGCGAGCAAACUGUACAGCUGGAGCGAAUCAAUGUUUACUACAACGAAGCGACCGGUGGCAAGUACGUUCCGCGCUGCAUCCUGCUUGACCUCGAGCCCGGUACCAUGGACAGCGUUCGAGGCGGUCAUUUCGGUCGUCUCUUCCGGCCGGACAACUUUGUUUUCGGUCAGAGCGGAGCUGGCAAUAACUGGGCAAAAGGACACUAUACCGAGGGCGCAGAGUUGGUGGACAAUGUUCUCGAGGUGAUACACAAAGAGUGCGAGUCUUGUGACUGCUUGCAGGGCUUCCAGCUCUGCCACUCCCUGGGCGGCGGUACCGGCUCCGGCAUGGGCACUUUGUUGAUCUCGAAGAUCCGAGAAGAAUAUGCAGAUCGGAUCAUGAGCACCUUCUCUGUACUCCCAUCGCCAAAGGUGCAUAGAUUCGCCACUUGUGACGGCCUGCUUGUCGCUCGGGCAGGAAAAGACAUGGUGGGCAAAUUCAUUUUGCGCUUUUCUCGUUUCCAGGUGUCCGAUACUGUGGUUGAGCCGUACAAUGCAACACUGUCGGUCCAUCAGCUGUUGGAGAACACGGACGCCACCUACUGCAUCGACAACGAGGCCCUCUAUGACAUCUGUUUUCGUACACUCAAGUUGCCGGCGCCUACGUACGGCGAUCUCAAUCACUUGGUCAGUGCCACCAUGUCCGGUGUGACCACGUGUCUCCGGUUUCCGGGCCAACUUAACGCCGAUCUGCGCAAGCUGGCUGUCAACAUGGUACCAUUUCCGAGACUUCAUUUCUUUAUGCCCGGCUUCGCUCCACUCACCAGUCGGGGAAGCCAAUCGUUCUACUCUCUGACAGUGCCCGAGUUGACGCAGCAAAUGUUUGACGCCAAAAACAUGAUGACCGCAUGUGACCCCAGACAUGGCCGCUACCUCACGGUAGCAGCAAUGUUUCGCGGCAAGGUCUCCAUGAAGCAGGUGGACGAACAGAUGUUCGCGAUGCAGAACAGGAAUUCCAACUACUUCGUCGAGUGGAUUCCAAACAAUGUGAAGACAGCCGUCUGUGACAUACCGCCACAGGGUCUCAAGAUGUCUGUCACCUUUAUCGGCAACACAACCGUGAUAAGCACCAUCUUCAAGCGAAUCUCUUAUCAAUUCUCUGCCAUGUUUAAGCGACGCGCUUUCAUCCAUUGGUACCUCUCGGAGGGUAUGGACGAAAUGGAAUUCACAGAGGCCGAGUCGAACAUGAACGAUCUCAUCAGCGAGUAUCAACAGUACCAGGAGGCCCCUGCUGGCUACGAGCAGCCGUUCGACGAGACCACUGCGGAAGAAGUCUAA